AUGCUGACAGCGAAGUUUCUCCGGCUGCAGUCCUUUUACUUUCGCCUGCUGGGAAUGCAGCUGCUGGAGGAGCGGGAGCUGGAUAGAAGUCGCAGCCUUUGCUGCCUACUGUCCAUAGUCACAUUUCUGCCAUUGACCAUUGCCUUUGGUUUGAGAAGCAUCCACAACAUGGACAGGCUGACGGACACACUCUGCUCGGUGCUGGUGGAUCUGUUGGCGCUCUGCAAAAUUGGCUGCUGCCUGGGGCGCUAUAAGGAGACCAGAAGACUCAUAAAAAGCCUGCACGAGCUGCUGGAGAGGGAGCAUCACUUUCCCGUGGCAGCUGCGAUCAUUGCACGACAGAACGAACGCGAUCAAUUCAUUAGUUCCCUCUACACGCUGUGCUUCCUGCUGGCUGGUUUCUCUGCCUGUUUGAUGUCUCCCCUAAACAUGAUAAUUAGCUAUUGGAGAACAGGCCAACUGCAGCCGGACUAUCCCUUUCCCAGCGUCUACCCCUGGGACAAUCGUCAGCUGCACAAUUACCUCUGCGCGUAUCUGUGGAAUGUGUGUGCCGCUUUGGGCGUGGCACUGCCCACCAUCUGUGUGGACACACUCUUCUGCUCGCUGACCCACAAUCUGUGUGCAGUCUUUGAGAUUUGCCGACACAAAAUGAAAAGUUUCAGAGGCAGCGCUGCGGCGCAUAGCCAGCGGAAGCUGCGGCACAUCUUCCACCUGUAUGGCGAUUGCUUGGACUUUGGCAGCUCAUUAAAACGCCUCUUCAGGCCGCUCAUCUUUGCGCAGCUUAUUGCCGCCUCGCUGCACCUGUGCGUGCUCUGCUAUCAGCUCUCCACGAACCUGCUGCAGCCCGGAGUGCUCUUCUAUGCCGCCUUCAUGGCCACCAUGCUCGGCCAGCUGGCCAUCUACUGCCAUGGCGGGUCGUGUGUCCAGACGGAGAGCCAGCUCUUCGCACAGGCCAUCUACGAGAGCGAUUGGCUGGAGCUGCUGCUGGCUGGAUAUCCGGCUGUGGGACGUUCCCUGCAGUUUGCCAUGACACGUGCCCAGCGCGGCUGUCGCAUCGAUGGCUACUUCUUUCAGGCAAAUCGAAAGACAUUUGUGUUGAUUGUUCGCACGGCCAUUUCGUAUGUGACGCUGCUGCGAUCGUUCACUUAG